GUACGGAUGAAAUGUUUGUUUAUUGAACUUGAUUGAUUGAUUGAUUGAUUGAUUGUUUGAUUGAUCUUCUCCUCCUUCAUGUCCUCCAUCUCCUACUCCAUCUCCUCCAACUCCAUCUCCUCCUUCAUCUCCUACUCCGUCUCCUCCUCCAUCUCCUCGUACUUCAUCUCCUCCUUCAUCUCGUACUCCACCUCCUCCUCCAUCUCCUACUCCAUCUCCUCCUCCAUCUCUUCCUCCAUCUCCUCCUUCAUCUCCUCCUCCAUCUUCUCCUCCAUCUCCUCCUCCAUCUCCUACUUUGUCUCCUCCUCCAUCUCCUCGUACUUCAUCUCCUCCUCCAUCUCCUCCUCCAUCUCCUCCUCCAUCUCCUCCUCCAUCUCGUCCUCCAUCUCCUCCUCCAUCUCCUCCUCCAUCUCCUCCUCCAUCUCCUCCUCUAUUUCCUCCUCCAUCUCCUACUCCAUCUCCUCCUUCAUCUCGUACUCCAUCUCCUCCUCCUCCAUCUCCUCCUCCAUCUCUUCCUCCUCCAUCUCCUCCUACUUCAUCUCCUUCUCCAUCUCGUCCUCCUUCUCCUACUCCAUCUCCUACUCCAUCUCCUACUCCAUAUCCUCAGGCUCCUACUUCAUCUCCUCCUCCAUCUCGCUCGCCAUCUCCUACUCCAUCUCCUACUCCAUCUCCUACUCUAUCUCCUACUCCAUCUCCUACUCCAUCUCCUCCUACUUCAUCUCCUCCUCCAUCUCGUCCUCCAUCUCCUAUCCCAUCUCCUACUCCAUCUCCUACUCCAUCUCCUCUCACGUCAUCUCCUCCUCCAUCUCGUCCUCCAGCUCAUACUCCAUCUCCUCCUACUCCACCUCCUCCUACUUCAUCUCCUCCCACUCCAUCUCCUCCUACUCCAUCUCCUCCUACUCCAUCUCCUCCUCCAUCUGCUACUCCAUCUCCUCGUACUCCAUCUCGUACUCCAUCUCCUCGUUCGUCUCCUACCCCAUCUUCUACCCCAUCUCCAACUCCAUCUCCUAUUCCAUCUCCUACUCCAUCUCCGCCCAUUUUAUCUCCUCCUCCAUCUCCUCCAUCUCCUCCUACUCCAUCUCGUCCUCCAUUUCCUACUCCAUCUCCUCCACCCCGUCCAUCUUCUUCUCCCCUAUCGUAUUCUCGUAAAUCUAUCACUCUGUCAAGAUCAGUCGAGAUCAACUGACCAAUGAAGUUCCACACUGCAC